AUGGUGCACUUCGAGCGGGAUAUUGGCGACAGUGCCAACGUGUCCGCCAAACAACAAAAGCGUGAUCGUUACGAAGAAGCUGGAGACGAGCAGCACAUUGGGACAACUGUCAUGGUCAAGGGCGGUCGUAAGCAAGGGCGUGGUCGCAACGAUGGUGGUGGAGACGGAAAGUGCAACUCGGUGGGACAAUUCGAGCAGGACAUUGGUAAAGUAGGCGCUGGAGACGGCAAGCAAAACUCCAUGGAGCAAAUCAAGCAGCCAAUUAAGAAGACAGCCAUGGUCAAGGCCGGCCACAAGCAACGUCGUGCUCGUAACGAUGGAGGUGGUGAUGGACAAUUCAACUCCGUGGAGCAAUUAGAGCAGCACAUUGGUCCCACUGUCAUGAUCAAGGACGGUCAAAAACAAGAGCAAGAUCGUAACGAUCUGGUGGAGACGGCAAGCGUUCCAAGCAGGCAAAAUAGCGACGCCGUGCUAAGAUGCCAGACAGUAUCGAUUAACAUGUUUGUUUGCCAUCUAAGGCAUCUACAAAUUCUCACCUCGAUUGCCGCAGAGCGCCGUUGCUGUAUCCUUUACCCCUUCCCCAUGGAAAUAAUGACGCCCUUCAUGGACGAGGGCGGUGGUGGUGGCGGUCGAGCCCGCGGGGAUACUGGUGAUCCCGGCGGCAAGACGCGGGAGAGUAUCCUGACCAAUUUUUUCUUCGGAAGCAAAUCCGAAGCCGAUUCUAAUGUCAAUUCAACAGCGGUGCCAAAGGCAGAUGUCGCACCCAAAGAGGCGGAAUUAUGA